GCCCAGCAAACUUGUCUUGUCUGUGUGUUGUGGUUUCUGUUUUGUUGUUGUGUUUUGCCGUCGUGAUUUUGCUCAGCUCAGUGAUAACGAAUUACAUCACAUCCUUGUGCUUGGAUUAAUGAAUAAAUUGUGGCGUUAAUAUGGAUUGAAUUUGUAUACAAUUUUAAAAAUAACCUUUCCAAAGAAGAGCCGCUCAUCUCAAGAUGUACAUUUCAUCCUUGCUUGUCUUAGUUGUUAUAGGGCUAGUGGGCGUGUACUGUCAAUAUGAGUGGCAGGCAAGAGACGCAUUUGACGAAAUAAGGAUGCGAAUGGAUAAAGUAACCGGGGACAAUUGUCCGAUUCAACAUAUGGGGGACCUAUAUUUACCUGAGGAUUCUGUUUCACACAAACCCGAUAUUAAGGAAGUAAAUGUUAACCCUGUUUUCCCCAAUAGGACUGCCCUACUCCAUUUGCACAACAUGGCUCUAACCAGGUCAUUUUUCUUCAGUUAUAUUUUGCAGGCAAGAUUUAUACGUCCAGCAAUAAACGAUACAUAUGAUCCGGGAAUGAUGUAUUACUAUUUAUCAACAGUUGCUGAUGUUUCUGCGAAUCCCUACAUCAAUGCCAGUGCUAUCUAUUUUUCACCUAAUAUGGCUUACUCUCCAUCUUACAGAGGGUUCUUCAACAAAACAAUGCCCAAAUUUGCACCUAGGACAUAUCGCGCUGAUGACUUCAAUGAUCCCAUUCAUCUAGAAAGGAUAUCUACUCUAAACACAUUCAUCGUAAAAGAUUUGGGUGCCAUUCCCAAUGACAGUUUGAGCGAUGACUACACAUCAGAUUAUUACCGAAUAAAUGAAUGGUUCAAAGCUUGGCUGCCGGACAAGGUAGAGCGCAGACACGACACUAAGACUACUUACCAAGUGGAGAUUCGGUAUGCAAACAACACAAAUGAAACGUUCACAUUCCACGGACCCCCGGGAGCCGAUGAGGUACCUGGUCCUGUAAAGUGGACCCGCCCGUACUUUGACUGCGGCCGAGCCAACAAAUGGCUAGUGGCUGCUGUGGUUCCGAUAGCAGAUAUUUAUCCUCGGCAUACUAGCUUUAGGCACAUAGAGUAUCCUACUUAUACAGCCAUCUCGGUCCUGGAAAUGGAUUUUGAUCGGAUAGAUAUCAAUCAGUGUCCUAAAGGUCAAGGAAACAGCGGACCCAAUCACUUUGCGGAUACGGCUCGUUGUAAAAAAGAAACUACCGAGUGUGAACCGUUACACGGCUGGGGUUUCCGUCGAGGAGGUUACCAAUGUAGAUGUCAGCCGGGUUAUAGACUUCCCACGGUGGUCCGUCGACCUUUCCUGGGUGAAGUAGUGGAGAGAGCCACGGCCGAACAGUACUACAACGGAUUCGACUGUUCCAAAAUUGGAUGGAGACAUAAACUUCCGAUCCAGUGGAACAAGUCGCCGACCUAUCUGAGAGAGAAGUACAUGGACAUGUUCUACGAGUAUCGCAACGCUUCCACCGGCCCCGAGUCCCUACACACUAAGAAGAUGAAUGUGGACCAAGCGUUAAACUUUAUACUGGGAGUCAACAAAAACACUUGCAGAAAAUAUAGAAAAGAAGAUCUAUCUCUUCAUGGUGACGUGAGUUUUGGUGCAGAGGAAUUUUUUGCGAAUGAAGCAAAAAUGGCGUUGAGAUUAGCAAAUUUCAUCAGUGCCUUUUUACAGAUAGCCGACCCGAAAGAAGUGUAUUCAGGUAAACGGGUCGCUGACAAACCUCUUUCCGAAGACCAAAUGAUGGGGGAGACCCUAGCCUUAGUUAUGGGCGACAGCAAGAUAUGGGCAGCGGGAACUUAUUGGGAGAGAAAUAAGUUCACAAACAGAACUUUCUUUGCCCCUUACGCUUACAAAACUGAGCUCAACACACGGAAGUUCAAGAUGGAAGAUUUGGCUAGGCUUAAUAAAUCAGAUGAAGUGUACACUAGGGAGCAAUGGUUUCAGUUCUUGAAGCAACGGUGGUCAACCAACUUUGAUUCAUUGGAAAAGUUUUACAUGAAAAUUAAGAUCAGAUUUAAUGAGACGGGAGAGUUUAUGAAAAAAUACGAGCACUAUCCUAAUUUUUACAGAGCUGCCAACUUAGACCACGGGUAUUGGACGACUCCGUACUUUGAUUGUUAUGGAAAAGUUCCAAAAUGGUUUAUUACCUACGCUGCACCAUUUUUUGGCUGGGACAGCUUGAAAGUUAAACUGGAAUUUAAGGGAGUUGUAGCAGUUAGGAUGGAUCUGACCCAGCUUGAUAUCAACCAAUGCACAGAUGAAUAUUAUGUGCCUAAUGCUUUCAAAGACACACACAAGUGUGAUCGCAAAACUUCUUAUUGUGUGCCUAUCCUAGGCCGGGGCUUCUGGACCGGAGGCUACAAGUGUGAGUGUCUGCAGGGCUAUGAGUAUCCGUUUGAAGAUCAAAUCACUUAUUACGACGGCCAACUUGUCGAGGCAGAGUUCACCAAUAUAGUGCAAGAUAGGGAGACUAGAUACGAUAUGUUCAAGUGUAGACUGGCGGGAGCCUCUAGUCUGAGCUCGAGUCUAGGUCUGGUGACCGCUGCUCUACUCUUGUGGUUGCUAGGCCGCUAGACGCAGUAGCGAGGCGCAGACGACAGUCGCUGUGGAGGGGGGAGCUACAUAGCAUAGUGCCUUACAAAUCUCAUCUUCAACUACACAGUCAUAUUCGUAUUUCCAAUCCCGAUCAUAUCUUAACAUGUCUGUUAUUUUGUACUUUGUGUUUUAAUAGUUUUAUAUUCUAUCCUUUUAUGUUUUAAAAUUGUUUAUAACCCGUCCACUGUUAAAUAAGCUUUGCUAUAAAGCUUGGUUUCGUACUUCACGUUGGUUAAGUUUUGCGUAUGAUGAUUUUGUUGCUUGAAAUUGCAUAUUUCCAAACGCACAGAGUUAGUUAUGUUGCGUAUUUUUACAUUGCAUUUCUUGUUAGUGGUUGUAAUUUAUCUUGAACAAAUACCCAACAAAUGUGAACAUUUCCGUAUUUAGUGUAACUAUUUUACAUUUUAAGUGUCUGUUUAAAUAGCAGUUGUUGCAUUCCUUGGUAGUAGUAAUUUAAAAGCAAAACAGUUAAGAAAAAUUCCAAAUAAUUGAAGGUUACAAAAUAUUUCCUUUGAAAUAUAGUUUGUGUUAACUUUGUUAUCAAUCUUUCUAAUGGUUUUUUACAUAUAAUUCUAUAGCAAGAUAUGUAGUGUCUGUAAUUCUGUAAAGCCUAGUUCCCUAGUAGUAUAUACUUUAAUUUGGCCAAUAAACCACAGAUCUACAUCUGUUGUAAAUUUUGAAGUUGACAUACAUGUAUGUAUAGGCAUUUAUUUUAAACUUGUGUAGUUUGAAUCAUUUUAAGGUUAUGGAGUUAAACUUGUCAUUGUAACUUUCCAUUUGGAUUUUCAACAUUUACAAAAAUAUUAUUUUAAUCUGAAAACUGAUAACAGUAUUCAUAGCACACUUUUGUGAUACAAUUCCUGUUUAUGUAUUUUAUAGAGUUCUUUUAGGUGAUAUAAUGUUUUAUAAGUUCAAUUUUAAUAUUUUAUGAUUAUAUUUUAGUAAUUUAACUCCGUCCAAUUAUAUGUGUUUUAAAUGUUGUAAUAUUGUUUUAAUAAUAUUUUAACAUAUUUGUUGUGUAUAUGAUAUUUAUAUGUUUUUUAUUUCACAUUAAGUUUAUUUUAAUAACGUUUGUAACGUAUAUAGUUAUUUGCAUGUCUGUAUAUUCUAUUGAAUCUUUUUUUAGUUAAGCAUUUCUCACCCAAAUAUCUUUCAGCAUUGUUUCUCUAAUGAACUAGAUUUAUUUGCUUUUAACUAGAUACAAUUGAACAAAAACAUGGAACCUGUACACAAAAUCACUUGUACUAAAAUCAAUAAAAAAUAAUAUGUAUGCAAACUAAAUAGUGAACAAUGUAGACUCUACGGAUUCCAAAAUGUCUUUGUGUGUAACUUGUAUAUUUUUAUUUUCUAUAUGAUAUCGUUUGUAAGCUACUCAAUGAUUUGGUUUUUACCGAACAAAGUUUUGUACAAUUUUAUAUCAUUGUAAGUAUAAUUAAUUAAAUUGUAGCACAAUUAAAUUUUUUAGUCAA